UUGGAGAUUAUCCUGAAGUGUCAUACGCACCAAUGACGUACUUUCCCGCCAAAAUGACCCUUCCCGUGGUGCACCGGUAAGAUGACGGGAUCACGUGUCAGCAGGUUUCAAAAUGGCGACGGCGAUGUACCUGGAGCACUACCUCGAUAGUAUUGAGAACCUGCCCUUUGAGCUGCAGAGGAACUUUUCCCUGAUGAGGGACCUAGACCAGCGAUCACAGGAUCUUCGAGGUGAGAUUGAGAAGAUGGCCGAGGACUAUGUCUCUGAUGUAAAAGGUCUGUCCCCUGAGAAGAGAGUGGAGCGACUGAAGAACAUUCAGAGUGCUUUUAAUAAGAGUAAGGAAUUUGGUGAUGACAAGGUUCAGCUGGCCAUGCAGACCUACGAGAUGGUUGACAAACACAUUCGGAAGCUUGAUGCAGACUUGGCAAGAUUUGAAGCAGAAUUGAAGAACAAAACUGUGGAUUCUCCCACAGUGGAUCCAGGACCAUCAGGAAAAAGCAACAAACGAGGUAAAAAGCAAGACAAGACCACCAGCAAGAAGGGUUCACAGAAGAAAGGUCGCUUGUCAGAUGAUGAGACACCUAAGCUGAACAAAAAGAAGCAGAAAACAUCACAUACGAAAGUGGAAGCUGCCCAGCCUGUUAUUCUGCCAUCCCUCCCGGUGGCGUUCACACACCCAUCAGAUGUGCUGGACAUGCCAGUGGAUCCCAACGAGCCCACAUACUGCCUUUGUCACCAGGUGUCAUAUGGAGAGAUGAUUGGAUGUGAUAACCCUGAUUGUCCAAUUGAAUGGUUCCACUUUGGAUGUGUGGGUCUAACUACAAAACCCAAAGGGAAAUGGUUUUGUCCAAAGUGCACCAUGGAGAGAAAGAAGAAGUAAGGAACCAACUGAAAUGUAUCCACCAGCAAACCUUCAUAUGCAGACACUGGAAACUUGACAUAACCAGUGAUUUAGAGAUAAGAAUACAUCGUGCCAUAAGUUGAUAUUUGAUGACACCCUGCAUGUAGGUAGCCAUCACAAUGGGACACGCCACUGGCAGCAACAUCACCAUGCUCUGUGAUGGGGAUCUGCAAAUUGAUGGUGGUUGAAGGUAGUUCCAGGUAUAGAAAUAAAGAUUUUACUGGUCAAAUGAGUAGGUAGGGAUCCUGGCAGUUUUGAGGUGGAUGUGACAGGAAAGGGUCUCUACUUUCUCAUCAGGGCUGAAAAACUAAGUUUUGUGGUUAUCAGGGGAUGUAAAGUUGGGACUUUUUGUCCUACUCCAGGGGUUUCCCCACUCGGUAAUGGUGCGGUCAAGAGGUCAAAGGUUGUUUGGGCCAGCCUUGAAGUUGGCGCCGUUAGAUCCUUGGCCACAGGUGUAUUUUUGGACAGCUGAGGUGUUUGAGGGCCAGUAAGGUCAGAAUUUCAGAAAGUUGAGUUAUUAACAGUUACUUUCUCCUCCUUUUUGUAUAGUAAUCCAUUGUUUAAGGGGCAUUCCACUCCGGAACCGAGUGUUACAUGUAUCUUCUGAUGAUAUUUUUGGGGAUACAAAUGCACCCGACUUUUCGCAAAGUUACCGCAUUUGUCUUUUCGACAAGAAUCCAUGUACCUCCAUACGGACCUGCUGCUAAUGUACUGUGCCGUAACAUUGUACUGUAACAUUUAGGAAGGUACACAAAAACUUUGAAGAUUAGAGACCCCUGGAAUACAGAGAUUUUAUGUCCAUUCUGUUAUCUAAAACCGUAGGGGAAUUCAAGAACUUAUUCGCUACAAUGUUCACUCUGCAUGUAGGCUUUGUAACCAACUUAACGUAAAUGUGACCAAACCAACUUGAUUGAAGCCUAACUAUUUAUUCUCAGAGGAAUCAAAAAACCCACGUCUGGAGUGGAAUGCUCCUGUAAGAGGCUGUAUAUUGAAUGGCCAUCGGCUGACCUGAGAACUGUAAACUUUAAGACAAAACAGGAAAAUGGAUGGGAUAACAAGAUUGGAACAGACAGUAAAUCAAUAUAUUCAUUAAGUGGUGAAGUUUGGUCAAAAUGGCACUU